AUGGGGGAAUCAAACCUGUCCGUGACCUCGGACUUCACUCUAAUGGGACUCUUCAGCCACUCAGGGCCACCUCUGGUCCUACUCUCCCUUGUGGUCACCAUAUUCACCGUGGGCCUUCUGGGUAACACCGUCCUGCUCUUCCUGAUCUGCACAGACUCCAGGAUCCACACCCCCAUGUACUUCCUGCUCAGCCAACUCUCCCUGUUGGAUGUUGGCUUUCCACUGGUCACCAUCCCCAAGAUGGCAGUUGACUUCCUGCAGGGCGAGAGUUCCAUCUCCUUCCAAGGUUGUGGAGCUCAGAUGUUCUUUCUGAUGCUGAUGGGUGUCUCUGAGGGUGUCGUGCUAUCCUUCCUGUCUUAUGACCGCUAUGUUGCCGUGUGCCACCCCCUGCAUUAUCCCUUACUCAUGAGACGUCAGGUCUGCCUGCUCAUGAUGGGCACCUCCUGGUUGUCAGGUGUGCUUGUGGCGUGCAUCCAGACUUCCAUCAUCCUGCACUUCCCCUACUGUGCCUCACGCGCUGUGGACCACUUCUUCUGUGAACUGCCUGCCCUGCUGAAGCUCUCUUGUGCUGACACCUCAGCUUAUGACUUGGCGUUGUCCAUCUCGGGGGUGCUGAUCUUGCUGCUGCCCCUGUCACUCAUAGCCACCUCCUACAGCCAAGUGCUGGGGGCUAUUCUGCGAAUGCACUCAGCUGAGGCCCGACACAAGGCCUUCACCACCUGCUGCUCGCACAUCGCUGUGGCUGGGCUGUUUUAUGGGGCAGCCGUGUUCAUGUACAUGGUGCCAGGCACUUACCACAGCCCACAGCAGGACAACGUGGUCUCCCUCUUCUACAGUCUUGUCACUCCAACACUCAACCCCCUCAUCUAUAGCCUAAGGAAUCGAGAAGUUCGAAUGGCUCUGGUCAAGGUCCUUGACAGAGCUGGCUUCAGGUCAAAGAGAUGA